AGUGCACGGAGUCCUAGCACAUUCUGCACUCAACCCACUCACACACGUUCCCGAGACCCCAGGGCCCUUCGCUCCAGCUGGCUCGAUUUCCGACAUUGGCAAUGUAUCAACAGUUCUCCGCUGCAUCAUCCAACGAUUAUGGCCAAAUGAUAAUGUCUGCACCUGCUGCAGGCCCUAGCACUGUAGCACCGCAUGCAACCACCAAUACCGCACCACCACCACCGCCAACGCCGAAGGCGCAGCCGCUUGUAGCGACCGGCAAUUGGACGACUGAGCUCGUACAGCUUGCGAAGACAGCUGAACUCAAAAAACAUUCCCUGACGCUGCAACUCCAUACCGCUAAUAUAGUUGCUGCCCAUAAUACCCUCGAACAGAAGGACAAGGCAAUUCAGGAUAUCAAGGAACAGAAAAAUCGAUUGGACAGCGAACGUGCACGGUUACUUAACGCACUAGCAGAGAUAAAUGCAGACCGUGACAAAGUGGAUCUCCUCGAAGCAUCCAUCACACGAGAAUGUGCGGAUCUGAGGCAGCAAAUCCAAACCCUCCAAGAAGGUGAAUAUGCUAUCGCAAAAACGGACGUUGAUCGCUUGCGGGCCGAGCUCGGUCAGCCCCCGCUCCCCCCACUCCAAACUAAGCUUGAUGAGAAGACAUCUCAGUAUUUGCGUGAUCGCCGGGUAAAUGGCGAGAAACGCACUGUGAGCGAGAGUCAACCAGAUCAUCAACCUAGUACGACAAAACGCCCACGGGGUCGGCCCAAGGGGAGCAAAAACCGUGGUGGCAAAGCAGGUGGCAACGCACCUAGCGGAAGUGCGAGUGCUAGCGGGAGUGCAGUGGCUGGUGGUGGCACUGCAUGAUUGACCAGUGACAGCUGACAAUGGCCGCGAUUUCGGUGUGUGAUGGCUUGGCAAAUGUGAAUGAAGGAAUAUCAUAUGGCCACCUCGAACCUACGAGACGGUUUUGAGUUGUCUUCGCAUGAUUGAUGGGGCAGGUGAUGUAGUGACUUGGCAGCUUGAUGCGGGAGCGGCGAGGGACGAUCGCUUUGUGGGUUUGAUAUGGAUUCCUGUGGUACCAGGCUGUACAUCAUAUACAACAUAAAUGACCUUAUUGACCUCCUUAGUCUGACGUGAUUCAAUGAUCGUCUCCCCUGCGAUGCUGUGCCGAAGCUUUAUUCAACGGCUAUCUUUGUGCCU